CGAUCGUCUGCUGCUGCUGCUGCUGUUGUCGAUCGCACUGCAUCCAACGCUCGCCACACCAUGGGCCUGUUCACUCCGUUCCGCGCCAUCGGCUAUGUCACCAGCGAUGUUCCCGUCUCGAUCCAGGCUCGCGGGCAGUCGUAUUUCUUGACGACCUCGAUUGGCAAUUCGUUCCAGAUAUACGAUAUGGCCAAGAUGGGUCUUUUGUUCGUUGGCCCCCAGACUCCAGCCCCGAUAACGGCGAUUCUGUCGCAUGGCGACUUGACCUUUGCGGCAUGCGGGUCCGGCGAGAUCAUUGUCUACGAGCGCGCGAAGGAGAUCGACCGAUGGACAUCUCCCAACAGCACAGCUGAGAUUGUGCAGCUGUGCAUCUUUGGCGAUUUGCUUCUGGCCAUCUGCGACGACAAUGUGCUCCGGAUCUGGAACCACGCCGGCCGAGAAUACUACAACGAGCUCUCGUUCGGGCCUGGAUUCCGCGCCACCUCGAUCAUUCACCCGAGCACCUAUCUAAACAAGAUUCUUGUCGGAAGCCAGCAGGGCGAGCUGCAGCUCUGGAACAUUCGAACAAUGAAACUGAUUUACGAGUUCCCGACGUUCGAAUCGAGCAUCACCUACCUUGCACAGUCUCCGGUUGUCGACGUCGUUGCAAUUGGCCUCCUGGAUGGCACAACGGUGAUCCACAACAUCCGAUACGACGAGGAAAUCAUGCGGUUCAAGCAGGACGGCAAAGUCACUGCAAUUUCUUUCCGCACAGACGAUAAGCACAUCAUGGCAACCGCAAACAUGAGCGGCGACAUUGCGCUCUGGGACCUGGACCAACGCAAGCUAGCGCACACUAUGAAAGGCGCCCACGACGGUAACGUCACCACGAUUCAGUAUCUCAACGGGCAGCCCGUGCUCGUCACGGCCGGAACGGACAACUCGAUCAAGCAGUGGAUCUUUGAUAAUCUCGAUGGACAGCCGCGAGUUCUUCGAUCGCGCAGCGGACACCACCAGCCCCCAACCCUCGUUCGCCACUACGGUCCUGACGGACACAUUCUCCUCACUGCCGGACGGGACCGGUCUCUGCGCAUGUACUCGAUCAUCCGCGAUGCUCAAAACUGCGAGCUUUCGCAAGGAUCGCUCGAGAAAAAGUCCAAGCUCGUUGCUAUGAAGAUUGACGAGCUGAAGCUUCCGCAGAUCAUCCAGAUUGCUGCAUCCGAGGCCAAGGAAAAAGAAUGGGACAAUAUCAUAACCGCACACUCGGGCGAGUAUCAGGCCCGGACGUGGGAGUUUCAGCGCAAGGCAAUCGGAAAGCAUCUGCUCGCCACCACUGAUGGAUCGUUUGUCAAGUCUGUCGCGAUCAGCAGUUGCGGUAACUUUGGAUACGUCGGCUCAACCAAGGGCUUGGUCGAUAUGUACAACCUGCAGUCGGGUCUGCACCGAAGGACCUUUGGAGGCUCCCAAGGACACACAAGAGCUGUCGUUGGGAUCUUGACAGAUAAUGUCAAUCAAGUCCUGAUUACUGGCUCGCUUGACGGAACAGUCAAGAUCUGGAGCGUUCCUAAGGGCCACUUGAUCGGCACGGUGCAGCUGGAGACACCGGUUUCACUCUUGACGAUCCACAAGGAAAGCGGCCUGGUUGCUGUGUCGUGCGACGAUCUGUGCAUCCGAGUCAUGGACAUUGAAACGCGCAAGAUUGUCCGUGAGUUCUGGGGACACCGCAAUCGAGUAACCGACCUGACCUUCAGCCCCGACGCACGAUGGCUGGUGUCGACCUCCCUCGACGGCACCAUUCGAACAUGGGAUCUGCCGACGGGAUAUUUGAUCGACUGCUUCAAGGUUGCCAACGUCGCCACGAGCGUGUCGUUUUCGCCCAAGGGCGACUUUCUGUCGACCACCCAUGUCGACCACGUUGGCGUGUUUUUGUGGUCGAAUCGCAUGAUGUUUUCAAACAUCUCGCUGCGCAACCUCAACGAGGAGGACGUGGACCAAGUGCUGGUGGCCCUGCCGACCGCGGCCAAGCUGGACGACACCAUCCACGACGACGAAGAUGCGGGCGAGCCUGCCAAGAACGAUGAGCAAGAUGAGGGCCAGACCGACGACGAGCUCCUUUCGCUCGAGGCCAUUACCGACAAAAUGAUUAUGCUCUCGACACUUCCAAAGUCUCGGUGGCAGAACCUCCUCAAUCUGGAAGCCAUCAAGAAGCGCAACAAGCCCGCCGAGGCGCCAAAGCAGCCCGAGAAAGCGCCGUUCUUCCUGCCGACGCUGCCUGGCGUGACAACAAAGUUUGACUUUGAAAGCGCCACCAAGGAUCGUGCCGACGACACGGAGACUCGGAGCCAUGUGCUCAAGCUGAAGGACAUCAAUCCCACCUCGCACUUUGCAGAAGCACUCAAGGCCGGCCACCUGUCGAAUGAUUACUCUCAAUUCAUCGAUUUCGUCAAAACGCUGUCGCCGUCGAGCAUCGACUUUGAGCUCCGCACGCUGAGUCCCGAGGACGACCACGCCCAGUUUGUAUAUCUCCUGCGGGCCUUGCGGCAACAUCUCGAGAAGCGCCGGGACUUUGAGCUGAUCGAGGCGUACCUGGGCGCCUUCUUGAAGAUCCACGGCGACGUCAUGGUGUCCCAGAGCGACAACGAAAGCCUGCAGUUGGAGCUGCAGCUUGUGAAAGAGGAGCACCAGCGAACCUGGGGCGUGCUGGAGUCGCAGCUGCACUAUGCUCUCUGUCUUGUCCAGUUUGCAAAGGGCAGUUGAUUCGGCGCACGGGAAGGCAGGCGGGGCCGCAAAUGCAAGACAGCGUGCGCUUGGCCUUGGCGCCAUCCAUGUGUCUGCGAGCCCAGGUCAUGAAUACAAGCAUCCGCGAUCUGCCGAAC